AUGGCUCUGUCCCCGCGCCCCUGGCUGGCCCUGGUGGCCCUGGUGGCCCUGGUGGCCCUGGUGGCCCCCCCGGCGCGGGGGUGGGACACGGAGGACCCCACGGCGACGCUGUCGGUGGAGAACGGGGGACAGUGGGGACAGUGGGGGGACCCCGAGUUCUGCCCCAAGAGAUCCUUCGCCAGCGGCUUCCAGCUCAAGGUGGAGCCCCACAAGGGAUUUUUCGGGGACGACACGGGGCUGAACGGGGUGCGGCUGCUGUGUGGCACCGCGGGACAGGCCACGUCCAGCGAGGGGCCCCGCGGCUCCUGGAGCCGGCCGGAGUCGUGCCCGCCGGGUCAGCGCCUCGUGUCCUUCCGGCUGCGCGUGGAGGCGCCGCGGGGGCUCUGGGACGACACCGCGGCCAACGCCAUGGCCGCCAUCUGCUCGGGGGGCUCGGUGCUGGAGGGCCGAGGCGGCCCCCAGGGCACCUGGGGCAACUGGAGCCUGCCGUGCCCGCCCGGGGCCGGGGUCUGCGGGCUCCGCACCCGCCUGGAGCCCCCCCAGCGCGGCGGCGACGACACCGGGCUCAACGACGUCGAUCUGUACUGCUGCUCCUGA